AGACAAACACUACCCGGAAUCAUUUAAUGCGACACAUGGGAUUAAUGGCUGCAGUCAAUGUACGGAUCUCCUCUCAUUGUUUACAUUUCGAAACGGUAUGUUCCCUGUGUUUUUGAAGCUGUCAUUGAUACAGAAUCAAACCCAACCCCGCAACGAUGAUAACUAUCGCUAAAUUAAUGUGAAAAGAUUCAGUUCGAGGCAGCAUCAAGCCGACAAGCGGCGAACUAGCCCCGUGAGCUAACCAACCCAGCUCCAUCUUUACUGGAUCGCCCCGUUGCCCGAGAGAUGGCAAGUUAGUCUUCGUGUUUCAGUUGGCUUUCCUCCUGCUCGGAACUCAAGGACAACCAAAUGACUGAGGAGGUAUAGCGCCAGGGUGCACAAUGUUUAGUGUACCUCAAAGCUCCAAGACCGAGUUCCUGGACAAAGCCAGGCAGGCCAGGGAGGAGAGGAAGGGGCAAAAGGAGAAGGAGAGAGCAGCAAUCCACAUCCAAGCUCUGGUCAGGAGAUUUCUCUGUCGCUGCAGGCUCCAGAAGCAAAUAAGGAAAGAGGUUGAUGACUAUUUCCAAGUGUCUGAAACUGGUUCAUCAAAAAGAAAUGCACUUUCAAUUUUCAAAAUUGCUCGGAAAUUACUAUUCAUAUAUCGCCAAGAGGAUAAGAUGAGGUUUGAAAAGCUUUGUCGUGCUAUCCUUGCCAGCAUGGAAGUUGAAAAUGAACCUAAAGUCUGGUAUGUGUCCUUGGCUCUCUCCAAAGACCUCACCAUUCCCUGGCUCAAGCAGAUAAAAGAUGUGCUGUGGACCUGCUGUCAGCUGCUGAAAAAUUUAAAGCCUGACAUACUUCAGGACAAUAAAUUGGUAACGCUGUACCUCACCAUGCUGGUGACCUUCACGGACACUUCAACCUGGCGGAUAGUCCGAGGGAAGGGAGAGGCUCUCAGACCUGCUUUGAUGAGGAUCUGUGAAAAUAUCAUGGGCCAUCUCAAUCAAAAGGGAUUUUAUUCAGUGCUGCAGAUCUUGCUGACCAAUGGCUUGGCUCGUUCUAAACCAUCUCUGUCCAAAGGCACUCUAACAGCUAUCUUCACUUUGUCAUUAAGGCCGGUCAUUGCCGCUCACUUCUCAGAUAACCUGCUAAGAUCAUUCCUCAUUCACAUCAUGUCAGUUCCAGCUGUCGUAUCCCACCUCAGUGUGCUUACUCCAGAGUGUAUGGCAUCCAUCCAGACGCAUGACCUCCUGCGGAAGUUCAUUUUGUUUCUCAGUCGGGAAGAACAGUGCUCGGACAUCUGUGUGUGUCUCGAGGGGAGCCAUACGCUCUGCUUACUUGGCAACUUGAUUCACUUGGGUUACCUUAAUGAGAAAGUCCUUGAAGAGGAAGCCAGCCAUUUUGUGAAGGACCUGACUGACAUGCUGUCCUACUGCCAGAGAUAUGUAUCCCAAAAGAAGUCCAACCUUACCCACUGGCACCCUGUCCUGGGCUGGUUCUCACAAACCGUAGACUAUGGCCUGAAUGAGUCAAUGCCGCUGGUCACCAAACAGCUUCAAUACCUAUGGGGUGUUUCUGUCAUUCGAACGCUCUUCAGUGAUGUCCUCUCUAAAAAGCUGGAGAGCCAAGAGCCCACUCCCCCACCUCCGCAGCCUAGCACGUCACAAAACAAUCUACCAGUUAAAAAUCUCUUCAAGCGAGCAUUUCAAAAGUCAGCCUCUGUGAGAAACAUCCUGAAACCAGUGGGAGGGAAGCGAGUCGACUCAGCUGAAGUUCAGAAGGUGUGCAGCAUCUGUGUGCUCUACCAGACAGCUCUGUCUACACUGACACAAAUACGCCUCCAGAUACUCACAGGUCUGACCCAUCUAGACGACCUCUUGCCCAAACUCUGGGCCUUCAUCUGUGAGCUCGGUCCUCAGGGAGGCCUCAAACUCUUCAUGGAGUGUCUGAACAAUGACACUGAAGAGUCCAAGCAGCUCCUGUCUAUGCUCAUGCUCUUCUGUGACUGCUCACGGCACCUUAUCACAAUCCUGGAUGACAUUGAAGUCUAUGAAGAACAAACAUCUUUCAAGAUAGAGGAACUCAUCACCAUCUCCUCAUUUCUGAACACAUUUGUGUACAAGAUGAUAUGGGAUGGCAUCCUAGAAAAUGCUAAGGGAGAGAAACUAGAGUUGUUCCACAGUGUUCAUGGCUGGCUGAUGGUGCUUUAUGAGCGAGACUGCAGGCGAAGGUUCACCCCUGAUGACCACUGGCUACGCAAGGACCUGAAGCCCAGCUUGUUGUUCCAAGAGCUGGAGAAAGGAAAGAAGAGAGCCCAGCUUUUACUGCAGUACAUCCCUCAUGUCAUUCCACAUAAAAAUAGGGUGCUGCUGUUCAGGAACAUCGUAACAAAGGAAAAAGAAAGUUUAGGACUGGUAGAGACGAGCUCUGCUUCGCCACACGUCACCCAUAUUACCAUUCGUCGCUCUCGGAUGUUGGAGGAUGGAUAUGAUCAGCUCCGCAGGCUACCAGUGAAUUCUAUAAAGGGCGUCAUUCGUGUGAAGUUUGUAAAUGACCUGGGAGUGGAUGAGGCUGGUAUCGAUCAAGAUGGUGUUUUCAAAGAGUUUCUAGAGGAGAUCAUUAAGAAAGUGUUCAAUCCUGCUCUCAACCUGUUCAAGACUACAAGUGGAAAUGAAAGGCUGUAUCCGUCACCCACAUCUUACAUCCAUGAGAACCAUUUGCAGCUGUUUGAGUUUGUGGGGAAGAUGCUCGGGAAAGCAGUCUACGAGGGCAUUGUUGUGGACGUCCCGUUUGCCUCCUUCUUCCUUAGUCAAGUCUUGGGUCACCACCACAGCACUUUCUACAGCUCCAUUGACGAGCUUCCUUCUCUGGACUCUGAGUUUUACAAGAACCUCACUUCCAUCAAGCGCUAUGAUGGAGAUGUAGGGGAUCUAGGACUGACGUUAUCCUAUGAUGAGGAUGUCAUGGGGCAGCUUGUCUGUCAUGAGCUGAUACCUGGGGGGAAAACCAUGCCAGUCACCAAUGAAAACAAGAUCAGCUACAUCCACCUAAUGGCUCACUUCCGGAUGCACACGCAGAUUAAGGAGCAAACUGCAGCUUUCAUUCGAGGCUUCCGUAGCAUCAUUAACCCAGAGUGGCUGCACAUGUUUUCCACGCCUGAGGUUCAGCGCCUUGUCUCAGGAGACAAUGCUGAGAUUGAUCUAGAUGAUCUCAAGAAACACACAGUCUAUUACGGAGGAUUUCACAGCAGCCAUCGUGUCAUCAUCUGGCUGUGGGACAUCCUGUCAAGUGACUUUAAUGCUGAAGAAAGGGCUAUGUUCCUUAAAUUUGUUACCAGCUGUUCAAGGCCACCUCUUCUGGGUUUUGCCUACCUCAAACCACCUUUCUCCAUCCGCUGUGUGGAAGUUUCAGAUGAUCAGGACACGGGAGACACCCUCGGCAGUGUCCUUAGGGGCUUUUUCACCAUCCGCAAAAAGGAACCUGGUGGACGACUUCCCACCUCAUCAACGUGCUUCAACCUGCUCAAGCUGCCCAACUACAGCAAGAAGAGCAUCCUGCGUGACAAGCUGCGCUACGCUAUCAGCAUGAACACAGGCUUUGAGCUCUCCUAACUCCGUUGCAUCAGGACAAUCUGCACAGGAGGCUCGUAUUAAACAGCUUGAACCAAGCAAGAGGCUUAGCUUACCCUGGACUGGAGCCUGUCAUGUCAAAAGGGCAUCACUUAAACAAAAGGGGAAUCACGAAGGACAUACAAAGUUUCCUUUUGUCUCUUUUUAAAAAAAAAAAAACUGGAUAAGCUCUGCUCUACUACAGCUCACUUGCUCACAUCGAUGGGGAUGCUGUUUCUGCAGCACAAUCCAAUUUUAAGCAUUUCCCUCUGCCACUCCAAAAAUUCAAUAUGUCGUGUAUUUAACUUGAUGAAAUACGGAUAUACAGUGGCUAGAUCUCUGUUUCUCAGGCUUAACAGAAUCAUUCUCGGAUCUAACACUCCCAUUUUAAGCGAACUGGAAAGCAAUACAGAUGCAAUGCAAGCCAUUAGACACGCGGUUGACUCACUCGAGUGAAACCAAGCGAUGAAUUGUUAAUAUACUUACAUGCUUGGACUCCAUUAUCCAGGCAACUUUUAGCUGAUAUUGGAUGAGUCUUAAAAUGUUUUGCUGAACAUAAUGCAUCUUUUAUAAAUGGAAGACAAAUCAAUGUCUUGUGUUCAACCUCCAUGAAGGAGGAGUGGCUCACAGCAGUUAUCUUGUGUUGAUUACAUUAUGUCCCAUUUCGGAGAAAAUCAAACCUCAUUCCCAUUUCUCCCCACUGAAAGACACUGCAGUCGCCUGAGUGGAGCAUUGGUCUGCCAGUCUGUAUGUUCUUGAACAUCUGCCUCAGUUGUGGUGAAGCAGCAACAGAUUUCUUGAAAUGAAAAAACAAAAAAACAAAAGAUGUCCUGGAACUGGAAAGGAAUGUUUUGUCACUAUUUGUGUCUGCACAGGAGAGCAGACACAACCGAUGAGUUCAUGCCAUGUGUGUUCUUGACCUGCGCUCCAAAAAAAUGAAGAGUGAAGUCAAUCAAUGAUGUUAGUCUUUGUACUUUAAUGUAAAAAUUAAGAUUUCUCACUACACCUUUGAAUAAUGCUGAGUGCCUCAUGUAUUGCCACCCCCACCCCCCUCGCUAUGUCUGACCGUAUUUCACUUGUUAACCAGUAACCAUGUAUAUUGGAAACAAGCCAUAGAAAUGGGGGCUAUGUACCUGGUAUCCUCUGCUCCUACUAACAAAAAGACGCAGAAACCUGACCACUGUACUACGACUUCAACUACAACUACAACAUCAACCGAGGAGGGUUUUACUACGACGCCCUCCAAUCUCUGUGGACUUUUUAAGCCAUGCUGAAAAGAAUCUGAGGUGUUUAAAAACCUCUCUACAUGAUGUCAUGGACUAGUUCAUCAACCAAAUGUGACUGCUUGAAUUGAUGUUCCCUUUAGAUGGAAGUGUUGCACACGUUUCUGCUGUUUGUGGCUGCGGGGAAAAGGGACGUGAGGGUGAAUGUUACCUUAUAAGCCUAAGUACCACUUUACACAGGGUUCUACUACAUCAUAAAGUGAAGGAAGAGACUUCUCGGGUCAUUUACCAGGAAGAUGACUUCAACUUUCAAAGAAAGGGUUAAAAGAAAAUCAAAUCUUUACCAAGUUCUUUAUUAUGCAAAAAAAAAAAAAAAAAGUUUUCUGUCAUGAAUGAAUAUGAAUACUUUUGUUAAUAAGUAACACAAGCUAUAGAGCAUACUGGUCAUUGUUGCCAUGUUUCUAACUAGUAUUAUCAUGGCCACUAACAAAAAAAAGAAGAUUAUAAUUAAAAUGCAACCAUUAUAUAAAUAUAUAAAAUAACACUGGUUGUAUUAAAUUUACCUUCAGUCUACUAAUGAAAUUAAGCUAUUUUCAAAUCUGACAAAUCAGUCAGGAGGCUCUCGCUUCAGCUCUCCUCCUUUUAAAUCUAUUCAAGCAAAAAGUGGAAACACUGCGAAUGGAUUUACAGGACACACACACACAACAUCCAGUGUGUGAGAUGAAAGAUACCUCACAAAGCUCGUCUGUCUUGUCUGAUGAGGUCACUCAUCUGUUUUAAAUGAUGUCAAGAGUAGGCCAGACUUUAAAUGUACCAGUGUGGACUGCUGAUGCUGACUUUGGAUAUCCACUCUUUUAGUACAAAAAAAAAAAAAAAAAAAAAAAAAAGAAUAAUAAAAAAUGAUCCUGGAAAUGUUCCCACCCAUCCUGUGAAGGUUUUCAUCUCUGUUUGAAAGUGUUUUUGAAACUGGCGGCACUACAAUAUGGAGUGUGUUGUAAAAAAAAAAAAAAAAAGAUAGGAAGGAGAUCUCCAUGUAAUAUUUGUCCAUGUGUAAAAUACUUUUCCCCCUGUAAUGUUAAAUCAUGUACACCACUAUUAUAUAAAUCAUCCACUUUAAAUCAUUUACACAUAA